GCGACGUAGCAAAUGAUUGUUGCGUCGCUCUGGACAAGAAACACUGAAAGCGCCAUGGAUGUGAUGAGUUAUGCCAUAUGGACGGAGACGACGAUGAUGAACAGAUGACAUACCCUUAAUACGAUGGGCCCCCGAGCCCAUCUCAGCUCAUUACUCUUGGCGCACCAAGUGAGGGGAUUUAUUCGAUGGUGUUUAGAGUGAGAUUAACGGACUUUGCUGCUUGUGUCUUCUGCGCAAGCACGGUGAUUUCAGUCUUGUGCAGUUUCUACCCUCCCCCCUUUCCUCGUAACUGUUGGACUGUUGUCAAUGGAAUUUUCUUCUUCGCUAUCAUUUUUGCAUUUCGAACAUUGUCACUUCCACCCUUUGAUCACAUUUCCUGUCUGCAACUCCUUACAUACUGCGCCAUUGAAAGGCGUGAGGGUCUACAUAGUUUGGUGCUUUAUGAAUCUGGGCUUUCUUUUCCUUUCAGGAGACUAUCGAAUGCAUUGUGGAAUAGUUCCAUCCCACUUGAUAUCUUGAGUGCAGAGGUUAUAUAGAUGGCGCCGGGCCUGAAAAGAAUCCAGGAGAUUGGUCUCCGGAGAACAAUAAACAAUCCUCGUCUCGAUCGUA